AUGAGUGUAAUGGGAAUGGAUGGUACUCGUGAUGGUGUAUCUGGUGAUCAUUUUUCUGUUGCUCCAACUUUCAUCCUUUCUGAGGCAGACGUUGAGUUUAUCGUUGAUACUUUGUUAAAGAGUGUUACUGAGGUUGAAGAAGAUUUAACUAAGAAUGGUAACUUAUAG